GCUCUCGGCACGGUGAUUGCGUUCCGGCCGGGUUUCUAAUAACGGAUUGGCGAAACUAAUGAAGUGAUCCAUUAUUCACCGGUGUCCCAGGCUUAUAUAUCGGCGGGCCGAUCCGUCCCGCCGUUAUUUUCACCGAGAAAAAUGAUAUCGGUCCUGUUCCUGCUCUCGAGCGUCGACUACGGCUACAGCUACACCGACUUUCCCUCUUUGGUGACUGCGAACGCCUCCAUGGCGGUGGUGAUCGACAAGAGCUACUUCGGCAGCAAAGGGGAACAUCGGAACGCGGUCGAGUGGAUCCCCGAUCUGAUCAACCGCAUCGUGAAGAAGGAGAUGCGCGUGGGUGGGAUCACGGUUCAUCUUUUACAAGACACGAACGUCAAUCUCCAGCAAGGUUACACGAUACUUCUGUCUGUCGCGAGUUGCUACCACACUUGGCGGCUGCACGAUGCUGCGCGCAACGAGGAUCUCAUGCACUUUGCGAUUACAGAUGCGGACUGCCCCAGACUGAUGGAAACCGACGGCAUCAGCAUCGCCAUGGUGAAGUCCGGCGAGGAGCUGUCCCAGAUCUUCCUCGACCUGAGGAUGAUGGACAUCAUGUCCUGGAACAGGAUCAACAUUCUCCACGACGAGUCGUUCGACAGGGACAUGAUCAGCAGAGUGCUGAAAGCUAUUUCGGACAAGAUGCUCCACAAGCAUGUAAAUCUGGUCUCCAGGUCGAUCUUUACCUUGAAGCAGAACGAGACCGACAGGGUGAGGAAAACCCUGGUGCGCAACACGUUGAGCGAUUUUCACGUGGAUCAACUGGGCCAUUGCUUCUUGGUGAUAGCCACCGUCGAGAUUGUCCCGGAUGUCAUGGAAGCGGCUAGGUCCUUGAAGAUGGUGCAUCCUGGGAGCCAGUGGCUGUACGUUAUCACGGACAGCGCGGCGCACAACACGACCAACAUGACGGCGUUCGUCGAUUUAUUGGCAGAGGGAGGAAAUGUGGCGUUCAUGUACAACGCGACCAACAUCGACGGCGGCGCUUACGAAAUGAAUCUGAAGCAGUACAUCAAGUGGCUGGUCAGAGCGCUGGCCAGAGCGUUAGAUACAUCUGUGAGGACCGAGAGCGAGUUGCUGAAGAGGAUCGGGGACGAGGAUUUCGAGAUCACCAGGCUGACGAAGAAGGAGAGGCGUCACGAGGUCCUGAAGAACAUCAGAAUCUACGCAGCGGACGAGAUCGACGACGAAGGUCUCUUCUGGAAGUUCACCACAGCGAUUACCUGGGGAAAUUACUUCGUCCGCGGCAAGAACCAAGCUCACCUGCUCGACAUCGGAGCGUGGACGCCAGAAUUCAGCGUCAACUUAACCGACAUGCUUUUUCCCCACAUCGCUCACGGAUUCCGUGGCAUAACCUUGCCCAUCGUGACCUAUCCUAAUCCGCCGUGGCAGGUGAUCUCGGUGAGCGGCACAGGCGAGAAAACGUACGAGGGUUUGGUCUUCGACGUGGUGAAACACCUGGGCAAGAAGCUGAACUUCACGUACACGGUGAUCGCCCCGGAAUUGAACAAGAGCGCGAAUCCCUGGAUCGCUUCGCGCUUCGACAAGCUCGGAGACAUAGUCAAGGGAAUGACGAUGUCGAACACGAGACAGAUGCCGCAAGAGGUGAUCGAUUUGGUCCGACAGAAGAAGGUUCUCUUAGCGGCGUGUGCAUACACCGUGAACGAGGAUGGCAAGAACGCGUUCAAUUUUACGGUGCCGAUAUACGUGCAGACGUAUAGCUUUUUAACUGCCAGGCCCAAACAGCUGUCCAGGGCGCUGUUGUUCGCAUCGCCGUUCACCGGAGAGACGUGGGCCUGCGUGGCCGUGUCCAUUAUCAUAAUGGGUCCGAUCUUGUACCUGAUUCACAAGUGCAGUCCGUACAGCAUGCAGACCUCGGGCCUGAACUCGUCCUUCCAGUGUGUGUGGUACGUGUACGGGGCGUUGCUUCAACAAGGAGGAAUGUACUUGCCACAAUCGGACAGCGCACGGCUGCUGAUCGGUGUCUGGUGGCUGAUAGUGAUGGUCAUAGUGGCGACAUAUUCCGGAAGUUUGGUCGCUUUCUUAACAUUCCCAAGGAUGGACGCGUUGAUCUUAACGGUGGAGGACCUGAUCAGUCGCAAGGAUAGGAUGACAUGGGGAUUUCUGAACGGCAGCUUCCUCGAGGUGUAUCUAGAGAACGCGGAGGAGAAGAAGUAUCACGUUCUGCUGGCUCGCGCAGAGAGGUACAACGACACGGAGGACGAGGAGAUGAUCCAACGGGUGAAGGACGGGAAACAUGCGCUGAUCGACUGGAGAAGUUCUCUCAGGUUCUUGAUGAGGAAAGAUUUACUGCUGACCGGAGGCUGCCAUUUUUCCCUGGGCCAGGACGAGUUCCUGGACGAGCCGAUCGCGAUGAUCAUCCCACAAGGCAGCCCCUAUCUGUCUGUAAUCAACGCCGAGCUGCGUCGCAUGCUCGAGUCCGGGCUGAUGCACAAAUGGAUCACGGAGAGGAUGCCGAUCAAAGACAAGUGCUGGGAGAUCGGCAGCAGCAACCAGGUGGUGAACGAGCGGAAAGUGAACGUCGCAGACAUGCAAGGGAUAUUCUUCGUUCUCUUCAUGGGCGUGACGAUGUCCUUCUUCUUUCUGUUCUGCGAGUUCUACUGGCACCGUCGCAAGGUGUCCAAGCAGCGGAAGUUGAUACGUCCGUUCGUCUCGUAAACGAAGACCCCUGAGGACACGUCGUGUAGCCACGCAAAUUGCUUUCGCUCUCUUCACGCCAGCUGUUCACUGUAUAAACGGCGAUUUCUCCUCGCGAAUAAACAAACCACUCGCGCACCGUG